CAGGUCCUGACCCGAAAGAAAGACCUUAUAGCGCCAAGGAGGUCAUGAAGCGCGGCGUUCCGCGGACGCCUUCCCGGAAGCGGAAGCUUGGGGGGCGGGACAAGGGCCGUCCGGACGCCUGGGCGGUUAAUUCUUUUUUGCUUACGGCUUGGUUUCCCUACGUCUGGGCGGUUCUGAAGCUGAGAAAAAUGGUCAGGUCCGGAUCUCGACCCGGCCAGGUGAUAUCUUCAGGAAAGUGCCUGGGAUCUAAGUUAACACAUGGAAAGAAAGGGACCCACCCAAGAAAUAUAGCACAUUUAAAUGCAGUUCCCACCUGUCCUGUUUAUUCUGAUUCGGAAAGUCAGCCGGAGAUUGUGCAGGGACUUGAUGGCUGUACUUCUUUGCUCCGGGACAUUUUGAAAAAUGAAGAUCCAGGCCCAGAAAUAGUAUAUUCGGAAAAUAGAUGCAAUGCCAGACCUUUAGAAAGCAAAAACUGCAGAGCUAAAAAGAAAGGACCUGGAAAACAUGCUCCUCCAGUGGUCCGAAAAGAAAUAUUAUCUUCAGAAAAUAAGAAAUGGAUAUCCAAUGAAGCUUCUACUGGAAAUGAAAAAGACAAAUCAGACAUAGCACAGCAUUGGUCAUUACAAGACCAUUAUAGAAUGUACUCACCAAUAAUAUACCAAGCCCUCUGUGAGCAUGUGCAGACUCAAAUGUCACUGAUGAAUGCAUUGACUUCAAAAAAUGCUCCCAAUGGAAUGCCUACUGCGUGUCAUACUGUAUCUGGUUUAGAAUCUCACGCAACACCACCUUCUGGUUAUGGCUGUUAUACUUCCACUUCAGUCUGGUCACCUCAGCAGCCGUCCUGCCCUCUAAUGGUUCACUCUGAAGUUCAGACUGAUAGUGAUAACCAUCUUGGAUCACAAGAUCAAACAAGCUCUGUGAACCUCCCUGAUGUUCCCAGGAAUUCAGUCAGUGUUCAUCCUGGAAUUCUGUGUGGCCUUUCCCACAUUGACAAAGCAGCUGUUCCAACGCCUCAGCAACUGAGUCUUGCUAAUUGGAUUCUGCCACAACAAAGAGCUCCUAAGGCAGCAGACCUACUAAAGUGUUUCCAAACACAUAUGUCUCUUCCAGCUCAUGGAAAAGAUGCUCUCUCGGACAGUCAGGCACACCAAAGCCCCACUCAGUUACAGCCGGCCUUCUUGGCCACUAAUGAAGAAAAACGUGCCAGAGAACAAAUUGGAAGCGCCACCAGCGAAGGAAAGUAUUUAAGCAUGCAUGUGCAAGAUGCAAAAAUAGCCAAGAAUGUGCAGCAGGCAGAAAAUGUGAGCCACACUGCUGAAAAAGUCAGAAUUGCCAAGUGCUUGUUGGGAGAGCUCAAGGCCCUAGUCGCAGAACAAGAGGACUCAGAAGUUGAGAGAUUGAUAACAGAAGUAGAGGCAUGCAUAUCUGGACUUUCAGCAGUGAGUGGCCACACAAAUAUAGAAGUUGAAAUAGCAUUGGCCCUGCAGCCACUGAGAAGUGAGAACGCUCAGUUGCGAAGGCAACUAAGAAUUUUGAAUCAGCGCUUCAGAGAAGAGAAAACUCCAAAGACACCUGGUAACCUUGAAUUGUUGUCCCUUCAGUCACUGAAUGUGUCGCUGCAAAAUCAACUACAAGAGUCGCUGAAGAGCCAGGAGUUACUACAGAGUAAAAAUGAAGAGCUCUUAAAAGUGAUAGAAAACCAGAGAGAUGAAAAUAAAAAAUUUACCACUAUGUUUAAAGACAAAGAGCAAACUCUUCUUCAGAAUAAACAGCAGUUUGACAUUGAGAUGACAAGGGUAAAAAUUGAAUUGGAGGAAGCCUUGGCCAAUGAGAAGAACUUUCGGUUUAAAUUAGAGACGGCAGAAAAGGAAAAUCAGAUAUUGGGAAUAACACUACGCCAGCGUGAUGCUGAGGUUGCUCGACUUAGAGAACUAACCAGAACUUUACAGAGUAGUAUGGCAAAGCUGCUCUCAGAUCUCAGUAUGGACGCUUCCCGCAGCAAGCUGGGGAGUAACCUAACCAAGUCUCUUCUGAAUAUUUAUGAUCAGCAGCUUCAUCAGGACCCAACCCCUCUUCACACAUCCAUAAUGAGCUACUUAAAUAAACUGGAGACAAAUCACAGCUUUGCGCAUUCAGAGCUCCUUACAAAUGAGGAAGCCACAGAGCCACCCAGACUGUGUGAAAAGGUGCUACCCUCACAGGGCCCUCCACAUAGUGACACUAGGGCAGUGGGUGGGGGCUUCGCACCUGGAAUGGCUUCUGCUGCUUUAGUAGAGGAUUCAGAUACAGAAUGUGAAACUAUCGCUUUAAUAGAAGAUGAGUGUAAUGUGGACAAUACGCUUUACAUUCCUUUUGCUAGAAGCACUUCUAAAAAGCAUUCGCCACUUUCUGAGAGAUUGUCUCCCCAGCCAAUGAGAAGUGUUGCUACAACACAGCUAGCCAGUGGCAAUGCACUUGCCUCUAAAAGAGAACAUAGUCCGUGCGCACCACUAGUUUGUUCUUCACGAAAUGAAGCAGAAGAUGCUCCUGGGAAUCUUUCCAGAGCAUCUGACACAGAGGACAUGCAGCUCCUCAGGAGAAUAAAGGAAGCAAUUGAUAAGAUACCUGCUUCUGCUGGUGAUGCUGCUGGUGCUGCUGGUGCUGCUGGUGCUGCUGGUGCUGCUGGUGCUGCUGGUGCUGGUACUGAGCACCCAAAAGAACAGGCCACACAUCAUGGGCCAUCAGCUUGUCAAAGCUCUGGUGUUCCAGUGACGGGCAACAUCGUCAGUGAUGUCAGCUUUCUGAAUUCGGACUUGAUGUCAGACUGGAGCAUCUCCUCUUUUUCGACGUUUACCUCUCAUGAUGAACAAGACUUCAGAAAUGGCCUGGCAGCAUUGGAUGCCAACAUUGCUCGACUCCAGAAGUCCUUAAGGACUGGCCUUCUGGAGAAGUGAGUUUGGAAGAAAACUGAUUGAGUGUUUUUUGUUAAGAGUAGAACUUGGCUACAUUCAUAGUGUUUUUUAGGUUUCCUUAGAGAGAACAUUUUAUACUAUUAAUUAUGUAUGAAAUAAUAAAUGGAAUAAAUUUACUGUUAGAAUAUUUUAACACCUGAAGCUUGUACAAACACAUUUUCUUAAGAAAUUAGUGAUUGCUUAGAGAAGAAAGUUGUAGCUGACUAAGCAAGUGUUGUGGUGCUUAUUGGAGAGAAUCUUCACGGUGUAACUGCUGGAUCAGUGCUACGGUUACUGAGGAUUCUGGCUGUCCGAAGGAUAAUGGGAGCAGAGUCGCUAAUUAAAGUUUCCUGCUUUGGAAUAUCUGUUGUUUAUAUCUUAAUGAUAGUGUGCUUGUACGUUACAGGCUAUGCUGUGGAUAACAUGCAUUAACAUGUCAAAGAGAGAAAGGUACCAGUGUACCUACUUCAUACAAUUAGUUGGUCCAAGGAAAUAUAGGUGAUAACUUAAAUCUUGGGCAUUUUAUUUAUUAUAUUUGUCUUGAAUGUACAUUUUAAGACCUUUCAAAAAUAAAGUCAGACUGAUAAGGUAAUGCUAACAACUGAGUUUUACCUUAAUAAUUUUGAUUUUUUAGUAAGAAUUAUUUGGAUUUUUCUUACUGUCAUUGAGAAAUGAUAGAGUUUGCAAAUCUCAGCACUAGUGAUGAUUCUGCCUUUGUGGCCCAAUUUUCCCCCAUCAUUUAGCUGAGAACAUUGUUCUACCAGCCCUUUGUCCUGUCUUGCCAUGUAGCCCAAGAUGACCUAAAACUUUAGAUCUUCCCACAUCAGCCUCCUGGUGCUGUAAUUACUUUACAGGUGUGCAGUGUCAAUAACUCUAGGUACAAGUCACCUGUCUGGUGUAGUAGAAUCUGUUACUUGGGCAGCCUCUGGCAUUCAAGCAUUCUGCUGGUUCCAAGAUUUCCUCCUGCUGUAUUUUCAUAGUUCUACAACCUUGGAAGGACCAUGAUAGACUAUUUAAUAUAUCCAGACUUCAUAGAAUUUUUUAGGUAUGAAUGUAUUAAAAUGAGUUGUAAAAUAUUUUCAUGGACUUGUUAACAUUUUAAAUAUGCUUACUUCCAGUAUUCAUAAGUUAAUUUGUUUACUUAUUUGGAGGUAACACAUCAUAGCUUUUCACCAUCUAUGUUCAGAAACACAAAAUAAACACAAGUAGAAAACUGG